AUGUCCGGCGGCGAUCUGGAGAAAGCUGCUGCCGAGCUCGCGAGCCUGGAGGGGCAGAGGGAGGCGGCACACGCAGCGCUGUCCAGCCUCGCCGCGUCCGCCUACCAGCGCUACUCUGCGCGGCUGGCUGGGGCGCACAGCGGAGUGCCCCUGCCUGCCGACGUUGCGUCGCUGGCUGCCGAGCUGGAGACACUCACAGCGGCGCAUGCACACCUUGCAGCACUGCAAAAAGCGCAGGCCUUCCUGCGCCAGGCGGAGGAGGCGUGUGCACACCCUGCCCCCGCCACCUUGGGUCGCGCAGUGGAUGCGCUCGCCCACGCCGUGCGUGCUGCUGCCGGAGUCGUGGACGACGCACGGCUGGCCGCCCACACAAACACAACCCCAUCCUCCCAUGAAGUUCUGCGCGCGCUGAGCAAUGCGCUGGCUGCCGACCUGGCGCACCUCUCAGCGCGGCUGCGGCGCCAGCUGUCCGCCGGCUUCCAGGCGGCGCUGGGGGCCGCCGGCUGGCCCCCGCCCUUUCUUUCUGCCGGCGAUGAGGCCGGCGGCGCCUGGCGCGGCCUGGACUCGCCAGACGUGCGUGGCGCUGCGCUGCAGCUGACCCUGCUACAGCGCUCGGCUGGCGAAGCGGCGCAGAAUGAGGGCCCCUGGGUGGCGCAGGAGCUGGCCGCGGGCGUGGGUGCUGCGCUGCGCCGCCACUUCGCCUCGAGCUCCGCGCCCACCGACCGCGCGGACCGCCCCGAGUGGCUGCUGGCCAUCACCCUCCGCGCGGCGCGGGUUUGCUGCGCCGCCGCCUACCAGCUCCAGGGCGUGCUCGCCGCAUGCUUCGGUGGCGACGGUGACGACGCCCGCCUGGUCCCCAUGCUGGACGUGGAGGUGGGCCGCGCCAUCCUGGCCUCUGCGCUGGGCCCGGUGCUGACUGGGCACGUUCUGCCUCGCCUGGUCUUGCUGGGAGAGCCCUCCCUCUGGCUGCACCUGGCGGACGAGCUGGCCAGCUUCCAGGAGAGGUACGCGGUGCUGCUGGGCGGCCCGGCGCAUGACCCUGGCGCCAUGAAUGCUGCAGCGUGCGCAGCGUGGCUGGCGGCGGAGCGGGCGGACGUCCUGGCCCACAUGGAGAGUCUGGUGGCGGCGCCUGGCGCCUGGCUGCCCGUGCACAGCCUGCUGCAGGGCAUUCUGGACAGCGAGGGCGAGGAGGAGGAGGAAUGCGCGGCGGGGGCAACGCCCGGCGCGCUGAGGUCCGGAGGCGGGGUCCUGGGGAUGACGGGGCCGCACUCGCCGGGCUCGUCCCCUGCCACCGCGGAGUUCCGGCCGCCCCUGCUGGCCGACCAGGUGACGACCCUGGUGGCGGCGCAGCUGCGCCGGGCGUCUCUGCUGCACGACGCCGCGCACAGGGCCGCCUACAUCGAGUCGAUCACCGUGCCGGCGCUGCGGGACUGCCUGGCGAGCCUGGAGCGCCUCCUGGCCUCCGCCGCGGCCUUUGACGACCUGGUGGGGGACUUGUGGCGCGGCCGGGUGACGGCGGCCAUCUGCGCGGCGCACUACCUCGAGUACCAGCUCAGCGAGCCCCAGGGGGUGCUGCUGCUGGCGGCGCUGCAGGACGGCGGCGCAGCGCCCGCGCACGCCCUGGCACCCAGGCUCAGGAAGGUGGCCGCCGCCUUUGCCGCGCUGCGCCGGCAGUGGGCCUACCGCCUGGCCAAGCAAGCAGUCGGCGCCUUCCGCGCGCGCUUCAACCCCUACCGCCAGGACCGCGCCCGCUUCGCCAGCGGCUGGGCCGCUGGCGGCGGUCCCGGGCGGGCAGCGUCGGACCCCGGCGGCCAGGUCCCGGACGCCGACUCGGCGUGGCCCUGCCCCACGCUGCUGGCCGCCGCCGACGGCGUGCACGGCCUGCUGCGAAUGCUGAGCUCGGACCUGGACCCGCCCGUGUUCGCCGACGUGUGGCGCGCCGUGGCGCUGGCCAUCAACCAGGCAUUCUACAAUGAGGUGGCCACCGAGGCCCUUUUCAGCCCGCAGGGCGCGUGGCUCUUCCACGCCGACAUCGGGGCACUCACCAGCAUCUUCGGGGAGUGGACAGCCAACCCGGAUGCGCAUUUUAAGGAGACACGGGAGGCCUGUCGCCUGCUGACCCUGCCGCGGCACGAAGCCGGCGACCUGCUGGCUAAGCUGGGUGGACAAGGGUCCAGGAAGGGCGAGGCUCUGGCGACGCUGUCGGCCCUUAAUGCGCAGCAGGCCCUGUGCGUGCUCGGUCAGCGGCUGGAUAUCGGCGGGAGCUGA